AUGCCAAUGAAACUCGACGGAAGCUGCCAAUGCGGUGGUGUACAAUUUACACUUGACUCGCAGACGCCAGUCCCCUAUCAACUCUGCGCCUGCAGCAUCUGCCGCAAGGUAGGCGGAUACAGCGGAAGCGUGAACCUGGGAGGAAUUGCCGACUCCCUCAAUGUGCUGCAGGGGAAAGAAUUGAUUAAAAAAUACACUGCCGUUAAAGACCGCGGCACGCCUCGCGAAGAACUCUGCUCCUCCGAGCGUAGCUUCUGCUCAAACUGCAGCACUAUGCUGUGGGUAUGGGACAAGCACUGGCCCGAGCUGAUACACCCGUUCGCCGCGGCGAUUGAUACCGAGCUGCCGGUGCCCGAGGAGAUGGUGUGUGUACUUGCGGACUCGAAGCCGGCUUGGGUGCGCUGGCCUGAGGGAAGGAAGAGCGUGCAUGAGAAGUAUGGUGGGGAUAGUUUGGAGGAGUAUCAUAAGAAGAAUGGGUUGUGGGUGGACUGA